AUGACAGCCUCUACUGAGCCCAAUGGUUUCUCCAACCAUAAUGGCUCAACUCAUAAUUCAAUCACACCGUUGACACCCGGCCUAUACAUUCCUACCGUGGCAUUUUUCACCUCUGAAGACAAUAUUGAUGAAGCGACGACAGCGGCGCAUGCAAAGCGAUUAGUUGACGCUGGAGUUACGGGUAUCGUGACACACGGUUCCAAUGGCGAGGCUGUCCAUCUCGAUCACGCCGAACGACAGCUUAUAAAUCGUAUUACUCGAUCAACCCUCGACGCUGCGGGCAAAAGUGACAUGCCCCUCAUUGUUGGAUGCGGCAGCCAAUCUACGCGAGAGACGAUACAGCUAUGCCGUGAGGCCGCAGAAUCUGGGGGCACACACGCUCUCGUCCUCCCACCAGCCUAUUACGGCAGCUUGCUGUCAACGGAGCUCAUAAUGAAGCAUUUCAGGGCGGUAGCCGAAGCUAGCCCAAUCCCCUUGCUUAUAUACAACUUCCCCGGGGCAUGCAGUGGACUGGACCUAAGUUCAGAUACCAUCUUGGCAUUGGCGGAGCAUCCCAACAUUGUCGGUGUCAAGCUGACAUGCGGCAACACGGGCAAGCUGGCUCGUGUUGUUGCUGGAACACGUGGUACAGGAUUCAGGACCUUUGGCGGUAGCGCCGACUUUGCCAUCCAGACCCUGGCUGUUGGCGGGCACGGUGUCAUUGCUGGAUUGGCCAAUGUGGCUCCAAAGGCGUGUGCUGAGGUUAUGCGACUGUGGAGAGAAGGCAAGACCGAAGAGGCGACGCUGCUGCAAGGGACUGUUGCCCGCGGCGACUGGGCCGCCAUCAAGGGCGGCUUUGUGUCUGUCAAGGCCGCGCUCAACAGAUACUACAGCUAUGGCGGCGGACCACGACCGCCCUGCGCGUUUCUGGAGGGCAAAGGCUUGGAGGCGCAAAUGGUGGAGUUUGCCGAGCUGAUUGAGACUGAGAAGAAGCUCGGGACCCUGGCCUAG